AUGACGCAUGAUAUCCUAAAACCCCAUUGGUCUCGGUUCCUUGGACCUAACGCUCCUGAUCCCCAAAAAGACAAAUAUCUACCUCACGACCAAGCUGUAUUUUCGUCGCCAUAUGGUCCACUUCCGCCUACACCAGACGAUCUUAAUAUCCACGAGCUUUGCUUUCCGUCAAACAACCCAUUGCUGGAAGAUUACCCUCUAUUCAUCAACGCCGUCACGGAAGAAGUAGUCACCCUCCACAGCUUCUAUGCUCGAGUAUGUGCAUUGGCGCGCGUCUUCAGAUAUGAUGGUCCAAAUCCAUUGGGUCUGGAUAAGAGUCCGGUAGAUGAUAAAGAAGAUGGUGAAAUCUUGGCUUUGUUCUCACGGAAUCAUCUGCACUAUCCAAUGAUAGCGCACGCAUGUUUCCGAUCAGAGCUGGUCUUCGGCGGGAUCAGUCCAGCGAGUACGCCCUACGAAUUAUGGUGGGUAUUGAGAAGAAUGCAAAUUACGAGCAUCAUGUGUCAUGAGACGCUGCUCCCGGUGUUGAGUGAAGCGCUCAAGUUGGGAUCUGGCGAGGGCGACAAUCUAUCUCUGAAGCUUAAGUUGAACCCUCAAAAGGUCAUCGUACUGAGCGAUAAUCCUCAAUUAGACCACGUAUCAGGACAUCGUACUAUCGAAUCGCUUGUAAGAGAAGGUUUCAAUUUGCCAGAACAAAAGCGGAAGCUGCUUGGCGGAAAUCGUAUGGCAUACCUGUUUCAAUCUUCAGGAACUUCCGGCUUGCCCAAAGCAAUGAUGAUCACGCAUAGGAAUGGCUACUCUUCUGGAAUGCAAACGCUCCAUACCAGUGUACAAGCUGCGCGCUUCGCAGGAGACGAACCGUUGACGCCCGUCACCUUACUCGGUGUUGUCCCGAUGUAUCACUCAUACGGGAUGAUCCUGUGGAUCCUUCGUCUCAAUCUAAUCAAGCAGACCUCCGUCAUCCUUCCAAAGUGGGACCUCGAGCUUGCUUUGAAGAGCAUACAGAAGUACAAGAUUACACAUCUUCCACUCGUCCCACCUCUAGUCCGUCAGCUUGCUCAAAGCUCAUUGACUGAGAAAUAUGACCUGAGCUCUGUGGUCGUCGCAUCUAGCGGUGCUGCAUAUCUGCCACCAGAUGUCGCACAUCAGCUGGCCAGGAAGCUACCACAGGGUGCAGAAAUACCAGUACCAAGUGGCUAUGGCCUCAGUGAAGCAGCCAGUAUCGCUAGUUCGGGUGCGAAUGGGAUCUUUGGCUUAGAGCCUGCGCUGUCUGGCACGAUUGGAUAUCUGCUCCCAGGUAUGCAGGCUCGUAUUGUGGACCCUGACACACUCAAAGACGUAGCCAAGGGUGAGAAGGGUGAGCUCUGGGUACGUGGACCAGUUGUCACGCCCGGUUAUUUCAGAGAAGCCAAAGCCACAGCGGAUAUGUUCACCGAACCGGGCUGGCUACGCACUGGAGAUCUUGUCAUGCGCGACAAGCAUGACCGUAUUCACUACCUCGAUCGCCUAAAAGAGAUGAUCAAGGUCAAAGGUCUACAAGUUGCUGCCACGGAGGUGGAGGAUACGUUGCUGGACCAUCCGGAGGGUCUUGUGCGCGAUGCAUGCGUAGCUGGCGUCGAUAAUGGUCGCGGCGAUGGGUCUUUGUUUGUCAGAGCAUGGAUCGUACUCACGAACGAGGGAGGGAAACAGGGCGAGGAUAUCGUCGUAAAGAAGCUACAUCAGUGGGUCGAAGGACGCUUGAGUCGACACAAGUGGCUGACUGGUGGUGUUGAGGUUGUUGAUUCAGUGAGUGCUUGA